GCGCGUGCGCGGUAAGGGCAGUGUGGACGCGCGCGCGUCAGUGCGGUUUGGUUGUGUUCGUCUGCAGUCGCUUUCAGUGGAUAAAAGGGUUAGGGUUAGUGUUCAACGCCCAUCGCUCGUUCGGAUCGCUCGGGUGUGUACGGAGCCUGCGUGCGGAGCGGCAUCGCGGCGUUUUAUUCAGCGUUUCUCUCACAUUCGUGUGUGUGUGUGAGCAAGAGAUGGUGAUGGAGAAGCCAAGCCCCCUGCUCGUAGGACGCGAGUUUGUGCGGCAGUAUUACACACUCCUCAAUAAAGCACCUGAUUACCUGCACAGGUUUUACGGCAGGAACUCGUCAUAUGUUCAUGGAGGUGUGGACAGCAGUGGGAAACCAGAGGAGGCCGUGUACGGUCAGGCUGAGAUUCAUAAGAAGGUGAUGUCACUGCAGUUCAGUGAGUGUCACACUAAGAUUCGACAUGUUGAUGCUCACGCGACCCUUGGAGACGGGGUCGUCGUCCAGGUGAUGGGAGAGCUGUCCAAUAGUGGCCAACCGAUGAGGAGAUUCAUGCAGACGUUUGUGCUCGCCCCUGAGGGUUCGGCUGUUAAUAAGUUCUAUGUGCACAAUGACAUCUUCCGCUAUGAGGAGGAAGUGUUUGGAGACUCUGAGGCUGAACUCGGAGACUCUGAGGAAGAGGAGGUGGAGGAAGAGCAGGUCGAGACUCAAGCGUCACCUGAGCCCACUCAGGACACCCCCACCAGCACCACCUACUAUGAGCCGCCUCCUGUCAGUAAUGGAGUCGAGGAGCAGCAAGAGGAGGCGGGACCAGAGGCGGAGCCAGAACCUCAGCCUGAACCGCAGGCCAGUCAGGAGGCAGAGACUGAGCUUAACCCUGAAGCAGAGCUCCAGGUGUCAGAGGUGGAGCCUGAGGAGGAGGAGAAACUGCCUGAACAGGAGAAAGGCCCCACCCCCGGCCCCGCCCAGACUCCACCCCCUCACACCACUGAACAGACCAAGCAGGCAUUCUCAUGGGCUUCAGUGACCAGUAAGCAUCUUCCGCCUGCCGGAGCACUGCCCGCUUCUGGAAUCUCACCACACGUGGUGAAAGCCGCCAGCGCUCAGCCUCGUGUGGAGAUGAAACAAGAAGUUCAGUCAGUGUUACCCAGAGAUCAACGGCGAGAGAGAGCCUUCCCUCCACGAGCUGCCAGAACUGAUGGCAGUGUCUCUGAAGUUCAGGGUGGGAAACAGUACAUCAGUUUUAAAGGUCGUGGGGAGUCUGAUGGUGGUGAUGUGGACACUCGCAGGACUGUUCGGUAUCCUGACACACAUCAGCUGUUUGUUGGGAAUCUUCCUCAUGACAUUGAUGAAGGAGAACUGAAGGAUUUCUUCAUGACGUUUGGGAACGUCAUAGAGAUGAGAAUCAAUACGAAGGGAGUCGGUGGGAAACUGCCAAACUUUGGUUUCGUGGUGUUUGAUGACUCUGAGCCUGUGCAAAGGAUUCUGGGAGCUAAGCCAGUCAUGUUCCGUGGUGAAGUGCGACUCAAUGUGGAGGAGAAGAAGACGCGAGCGGCUCGAGAGCGGGAAACCAGAGGCGCGGCUGAUGGUCGGCGCGGGCCCCGGGGUCCUAUGGGGAAUGGAAUGGGGCGUGACAGAGAUGGCCGUGGCCCGCCUUCAUCAAGGGGAGGGAUGGGGGCGGGAAGAGGUGGCGGUCAGAGUGGAGAGAACCGGUUUUCGGGACCGCGCCGCUGAGACGCCCCCUGUGGACGGGAGGAUCACAGAAGAAAUCUCUCUUUGCUUUUUUUUCUCUCUCUCUCUGGCCCCUGUUUUAUUUUUACUUUCUCUCUGGUUUUUGGACUGUGAUUGGCCCUAAAAGAACUCUCACCCGCACCGAUAAGGAACUGUCAUCUGCGCCUUUUUGUGUUUUGUUUAUUUUUGUAAAAUAAUUUUGUGAAGAUGAACGGGACAUGUGACCUUUUUUGCUUUGGAACGAAAGUUGAAUGUCAUGGUGGGGUUUCCUCAUUGAACUGAUUUCUAGCACAUUUUAUAAUGGACGAACAUCAACGCUUCAUAAAUCAGUGAUCGGUGUACACGUAUUUAUUUUCCUAGUUAAUAAAAACAGUGGUGGUGCCUUAUCUCUCUCACCCAAUCUCUCUCUCUCUCUCUCUCUCGAUGUUAGAUCAGAGAGUUUGUUCAUAGAUUGCUGCAGUCGUCGCAUUCAGUGAUGUGCUGCAUGUGCGUGCGUCUGUCUGUGCGUGGGUGCGUCUGUGCGUGCGUCUGUCUGUCUGUGCGUGCGUGCGUGUCUGUCUGUGCCUGCGUGUCUGUGCGUGCGUCUGUCUGUCUGUCUGCGUGCAUGCGUCUGUCUGUCUGCGUGCAUGCGUCUGUCUGUCUGUCUGCGUGCAUGCGUCUGUCUGUCUGCGUGCAUGCGUCUGUCUGUCUGCGUGCAUGCGUCUGUCUGUCUGUCUGCGUGCGUGUCUGUGCGUGUGUUAGUGUGUGUGUGUGAGAGAUGUACUGAGUGCGUGUGUUUUGUGUGUGUGUGUGUGUGUCUGUCUGUGCCUGCGUGUCUGUGCGUGUGUCUGUCUGUCUGUGUGCGUAUGUUUUGUGUGUUUAGUGUGUGUGUGUGAGAUGUGCUGAGUGCGUAUGUUUUGUGUGUUUUGUAUGUCUGUGCUGAGUGUGUGUCUGUGCUGAGUGCGUGUUUUGUGUGUCUGUACUGUGUGCGUGUGUGUGUGUGUGUGUGUGUGUGUGUGUGUGUGUUGCCAGUAUUACAGGUUCUGAACCCGGAACAGUCCAGAUAUGCGCUGAUUGCUUAUGGCUGCUUUUAUUGUGUUUGUUUUUAGUUUUGAUACUGAAGCUGGAUUGAAGUUCUUUACUGAAUGAGUUUUUUCUUCCGUUUACCGAAAACCACUUUACAUGUCCAUUUGCUGAGCGAGACGCGCUUUUCAUACAGAGUUCUGAAGCACUUUCUCACUGCACUAUACACAUCGUUUGGUUCUGGUCCUGGGUUUGGAUUUUACUUCCAUCGGCUUCAGCAGGUUUUUGUUUGAAUGUGUUUUCAACUUUAAAUAAACUACUGAAAUCUGCAACAAA